GCCGACGGCCCGCGGCCGGAGGAGGUACGCCGUUGGAUUCUGCUCGAGCGCUAUCCGGCUUUUCAACGAGUAUCAGCAAUGGGCAUUCGCAGGAUGCUCUCCGAAGUUAACCGUGCCUCGCCUGCACAGGCUCUCAGUCUGGUUGUCUUCGUACUGAGUCCGGAUGAGACUGAUGCAGCCUCUCGCAGCCUCCAAUCAGACGGUGUCCUGCAGCACAUGACAGUGAAUCAGGCCGACAUGACUAUGCUAGUCGCCGUGGUGAUUGCCGAUAAGUCCUGUGAUUAUUGGUUGCCCGUUGCUAUGCUACCGCUCGUGGUCAAAAAACGGGCUGCCUGA